ACGCCGGCGUCGGGGGUCACGCAGCGCUGGCAGUGGCGUGGGUGUUUUUCACCCGGAAACCGCGGCGGCCGGAGCCCGUGAGGAGCCGACUGCGGCGGCGGGAGCCGGCUGGGCUCUGGUCCUCGCGGCGCGGCGCGGCGGGGAGAAUGGUGCCGGGAGACCGCGGGCCCGCCGCGCGCUGCCGCCUGUGAGCCCCGCGCGGCCGGGGCGCCCGCCCAGCCGCCGGCCUGCGGGAGGGUGGAGCUGGUCAGAAUAAUGUUGAGCGCCAGCCCCCUGGAGAGCCUGAAGCUGCAUGUCAGCAGUCGGCCCCCUCUGGUGGUCUUCAUGAUCAGCGUGAGCGCCAUGGCAAUAGCUUUCCUGACCCUGGGCUAUUUCUUCAAGAUCAAGGAGAUUAAGUCACCAGAAAUGGCAGAGGAUUGGAAUACUUUUCUGCUGCGGUUUAAUGAUUUGGACUUGUGUGUAUCAGAAAACGAAACACUAAAGCAUCUCUCAAAUGACACUACAACUCCGGAGAGCACAAUGACCAAUGGGCAGUCCAAAGUGUCCACCCAGCCCCCCCAGACCCUGGAGGACUCAGGCCCAGUUAACAUCUCAGUUGCAAUCACCCUAACCCUGGACCCACUCAAACCCUUUGGAGGCUACUCGAGAAACGUCACCCAUCUGUACUCGACCAUUUUAGGACAUCAGAUUGGACUUUCAGGCAGGGAAGCCCAUGAGGAGAUAAACAUCACCUUUACCCUGCCUGCAGCUUGGAGCUCAGACGACUGUGCUCUUCAUGGCCACUGUGAGCAGGUGGUAUUCACAGCCUGUAUGACCCUCACAGCCGCCCCCGGGGUGUUCCCUGUGACCGUACAGCCGCCGCACUGCAUUCCUGACACGUACAGCAACGCCACACUCUGGUACAAGAUCUUCACGACAGCCAGGGAUGCCAACACGAAGUACGCUCAGGAUUACAAUCCCUUCUGGUGUUACAAGGGAGCCAUCGGAAAAGUCUAUCAUGCUUUGAAUCCCAAGCUUACAGUCAUUGUUCCAGAUGAUGACCGCUCUUUAAUAAAUUUGCAUCUCAUGCACACCAGUUAUUUCCUGUUUGUGAUGGUGAUAACCAUGUUUUGCUAUGCUGUUAUCAAAGGCAGACCCAGCAAAUUGCGUCAGAGCAAUCCCGAAUUUUGUUCCGAGAAGGUGGCUUUGGCUGAAGCCUGAUCCCACAGCUCCCUGUUUCUGAGAGAGACUGAGAACCGUAAUGAUUGCCUGCUGAACCCAGCCAGGGCCUGGCCACUCUGUGAAUACAUGAUCUUGCAGCGUUGGGUUAUUCCAGCCAAAGACAUUUCAAGUGCCUGUAACUGAUUUGUACAUAUUUAUAAAGAUCUAUUCAGAAAUCGGUUCAUGAUGCACGUGCUUGGCCCUGGGUGCAGCCGGAACCCUUCAGCCUCACCUGGGGGCCUGUGGACUUGGGUAGAUAUGCAUAGCACUAGAGAGAGCGUGUGCAUCCUGCUGCAGGGCGGCAGGCCCUGGUGUUUUUAACCAAGGUCACAGGCAGCUCACUGCCGGUGGGUGAGGCUUGCUUUGGUUCUUGUUUCAGCCCAAUGUGUACAGAACGUUUGGAACAGUCUGCACCUUUGAUAUGAUACUGCAUUUCCAAAGCCACCAAUCCAUUUUGUGGAUUUUGUGUGUCUGUGGCUUAAUAAUCAUAGUAACAACAAUGAUACCUUUUACUUCAUUUUGCUUGCAAGGAAGCAUACCUAUCUAUGUUUUUGUUUUUGUUUUUAAGAAAAAAUAAAAUAGUCACAUUUUAAUACUACUCUAGUUAGGACAGACUUGUGCUUUUAUCCUGAGUAAAAAGUUAAAUAUUUAAAAGUCACCUAUAUGGUAAAAAUCUAAGUUUCAUUUUCCACAUGGAUGGUGAGGAAUCUGGUUUUGAGUUGGCACAGAAUGUUCUACUCUCUCUUUUCCUUUGUUACUUCUUCCCUUUGCAUAAAAGUUAAAGCAGCUUCCUCACCCAAAUAGAUUACAAAUUCAGUAAGAGGUCCUAGAGUAGAGUAACAGCUCUGCUUCCUGGCAUGCAGAUAGUGGUGCAGGAAGAGAGAAUGGCUCUUGAUGUAAUGGUCAUGAAAGGAUUUUUGUUUUUUGUUUUUUGAAAUGAGAUUGAUUUUUAAUUUCCACUUAUUUUUAUAAAACUAACACAUCUUCAGGAGUAGAAAGGCAACUACUAGAUUGUGAAAAUGCUGCCUGUGAAUUGUGGAGGGGCGCAGUUCUGAUUUGCUGUUGAUCACGGAGGACCGAAAGUGUUUGCUUCCCUGUUUCCUCUGCCCUUGUGUCCUCUGGUCCUCCUCCAUUUAGACAGAAGUGUGCGUCCUCUUCUCCAGUCCUCAUUGGUUGUGUUGUUGCUGUUUCUCAGCAGCUCUGCCUUAAUAACUCAUUGUUGGUGACUUCUGUGUCCUCCUAGGCAGUGUCAGAGCAGGAGGGCAGUUAAAACCUUGGACAGGACCAUCAGCCCUUCUUUCCCUUCACUCUAGGUCUGAGGUCUGUUCUGUGUUAGAAUUAGUUCUUACAGUCUGAAGUUUUUUGACCCAGAACAAUUUAUCCCAGGGCCUUUUGAAUGGAAAACAGUUGUGGGCUUUUAUUGAGCCCAUAAUCAUUGUAGCUACGUGAUGUGUUAGUAUUCCUUUGUUUUUCUUUUUAGUACAUUUCAAGCACAGUAACAGUUCUUGUCUACCCAGUUUUUUGUUUUUCAGAUUUUUUUUUUUUUUUUUUUUUUUUUUUUUGGUAUGAUGUGAGUUGCUUACAUGAUGCAUGACUAACUUGUUAAUUUGGUUUUUUCUUGAGAGACUUUGAAACUGUAUGAGACAAGAUUGAGAAAGAGCCAUUUGGCUAGGCCUUUAGAAAUGUCAGUAUCAUUAGGACCAUCAUAUUUUAGAUUAAACUGCUAUUGAAUUAAUGGAAUCCCUAUGAAGUGGAGUUACAGGGAUAGACUCAUAACUGGCAGAGUAAUGUAGAAGGAAAAAGACAAGUGAAAAAAGGUCAGUUUCACUGGUUUGUUCCAUCCAGCUUGUUGCUAAUAUUAAUUACCCUUGUUUAAAUUACAGGGAAUGGCUGGAAUCUGUUACCAGGGGAGGAACACUGUUAGGCAUGGGGAGAGGAAGUGCCAAAAUGCUUGGACACUAUGUCUUGUCCUGAGCCAGGACAUACCUUUACAAUCCAGCAUUCACCCUAGCAGGUGAUUCUUGAAGAUUCAAAGACACACAGGCAGGCCUAUGAAGGAAGGGUGGGAAGAGGAGAGGCCCUGGGCCCUGGGUGAAGGGGCCUAGGACCUAAGAGCCUUUCCCAUACCUGCAGGAAGUCCCGGGGACCUGUUACUGUUUGGGCACAUGUGUUCUAGGCCCAGUCCUCAGCUUUCUCUUGCUAGUGGACCUUAGGACUAGAAGGGGCUGUAGACGGGGCCCUUUUGCCAUUCAGAGGCAGCAGCACUGGCUUGUCCUCGGGCAUCUUGGACUGGAGGUCCAUUCAGAGGUCAGCAGCUUACUGUUAAAAUGGUUGUUUCAGAUCAUAUUGAUCUCUUUCCUUUCCCUUGUCCUGCCACUGUAUGACUCGAAUCAGUUUUGAUUCUAUUUGUAAGUUUUCUCAUCGUUAGGAACCUGCUGUUUCUGCUGCGUUUUCUUUGGCGGUGUGUAAGAAUUCAGCAUCCUGGUUUUUCAGCCCUCCUGCAGGCACUGGGGUUAUGAGGGCCAGCGGAUCCAUUUCACUUACCUUGCUGCAUGAUGGUCAGAAGCUGAUCUGUUAUGGCAUUCAACUCCCUGGUUAAUUUUCUGUGUUUGACGUAUGUGCAUAUGUGCUUUACAGAAUAAAACAUCUGAAUUUA